AUAUGCCGGAUAAUGGAGAGCGGACUCCUGGACGCCUAUGGCGUGGAAGUAGAAGCUGUGGGGACUGGGGAGGCUGCAGUGGAGCUCAUUGCUUCUGGAGAAACUUUUGAUCUCAUUGUCAUUGAGAUGUUUCUGCCUUUCAUGAGUGGACCUGAGACUGCUAGGACGAUUCGUGAGAUGGGCAUCACCAGCAAGAUUUUAGGUAUUGCACCAAUGUAUUGGGAAAAAGAUGCACAAGAAUUUCUAGCAGCUGGAAUUGACGAGUUCCUUGAAAAGCCAUUUACACCAGAAUUGUUCGUCCCAUUCCUAAGGGAGAUUGACAACCAGAAAUGAAGCGCAUACCAAAAUAGAGGACUCAU